ACAGACAAGCCGAUAGUGUUAAUCAUCAAUGACCUUAUAGCAUAUAUAAGAGGAUACCUACUUCGGUGUUUGUUCACAGUAUCCAAAAUGAAGACAUUAAUCUACUUCUGUGUGUGUGCGAUCUCCCUGGCAUGUGCGGCAUCUGCUGACAUGGAGGAGAAAAUUUUCCAAGCUUACCAGAAGGAGAUGGAGCCGUACAAGGAGAAAUGUCAAAAGGAGACAGGCGCCGAUCCUUUAUACAUUGAAGUAAUUAUGAAAACGGGAGUUGUUUCGAAAGACCCAAAGGUGAUGUGCUUUGCAAAAUGCAUGUUCAUGAACGUGGAGGUUAUGGAUAAGGAUGGGAAAUUUAAAAAGGAGGUGAUUGUGAAGAAAGGUGUUGCCAUAACGGAUGAGAUGGCCGAGUCGUGCAUGAAAAGCAGUGAAUCCGAACCAGAACUUUGUAAGAGAUCGCACGAUUUUGCAAUUUGUAUUGCUCAAAAGCUAGCGAAGCUAUAAUUCAAUCGUGCUCGCAUGAAACACUCUCCUCGCGUUUAUUGUUAAAUACUAUACGAUACCUCGUUCAUAAGUUUACAAUACAUACCUAACAUGUUUUUCAAAACAUUAAUACCUAUUUGAUCCUUGGAAAAUACAUAAUUCUCAGAUUAAA